GCCACAUUAUUCAUUUAUGAGGGAUAAACUUGUAUGAUUAGUGAUAAACUCAUUUGAUUUAUAAUAAAAUCACUUUAUUAAUCCUUUCUUCAAACGGAUUGGACAUCGACUGGUAAUGCUCAGGAUAAAAAAAAAAUAGCUUGUUUUUCUAUUUAUUAUUAAUUUCCUGACCGAUUGGUCAAUAAUUGAUACAUCGCAAGAUCGUUAUCAUAAGCCAUGUAACGCAAAUUGUGUCCGAUCUUGAGGUACUCAGAGGUUCCCAGCACUACAGUGCAUCACUCAAAACGCAAUUUGGCGCUUUUUGUCCUCGCAGCGGUUCCGUUCUCGACAAUUCCAGGCUCAAAGUGCGUGUUUUUUCAGUCUCCGAAUGACCCAAAUCUACUAAACUCUAUCCAAGCCAUUGGCGUUAGCACGUGUCUUGUUGUCGAUUCGUCCUCAUGGCGGAAGUCUACUAUAUCGGCGUGGACGUGGGAACGGCUAGUGUCAGAGCUGCUUUGGUGUCCAAAAACGGUCAUUUGAAGACUGUUGCUCAAGAGCCCAUUAGCAUCUGGGAGCCUCACACGGACCAUUACGUACAGUCUUCUUCUGAGAUAUGGAGGAAAUGCUGCUCCGUUGUCAAGGAAGUAACCAGAGAUGUGAACAAGAACCAGGUGAGAGGGAUCGGAUUUGAUGCCACCUGUUCUCUGGUGGUGUUGGACCAAAGCUUCCAACCUGUAGCGGUCAAUCGGGACGGUAACAAAGAGAGAAACGUGGUGAUGUGGAUGGACCAUCGUGCCGCUGAGCAGGCCGCCAGGAUCACAAGCACAGGCCACGGUGUCCUGAGGCGGGUCGGAGGGGUCAUGUCACCAGAGAUGCAACCACCGAAGCUACUCUGGCUCAAAGAGAAUCUAAGGGAAAGCUGUUGGAACCAAGCCGCUCACUUUUUUGACCUUCCAGACUUCCUGUCGUGGAAGGCCACGGGAUCUUUGACCAGAUCCCUUUGCACUCUGGUUUGCAAAUGGACCUACUGCCCCCCUCAGGGAUGGGACGCCACUUUUUGGACUUCAAUAGGACUGAAGGAUCUCACUGAAAAGAACUUUUCCAAAAUAGGCAACGUGACGUGUUCCCCGGGGAGUCCGCUCGGGGACGGCCUGACUCGGGAAGCGGCGGCAGAUCUGGGUUUAAAUACGGGAACUGCAGUCGGGGCGUCGCUCAUUGAUGCUCAUGCUGGAGGACUCGCCAUGAUAGGAGCAGACGUAAAAGGCUUUCAGCUGCCGUGCGAGGGCCGGCCGAUCACGUCGCGCGUGGCCAUGAUCUGCGGGACGUCGUCUUGUCACAUGGCGAUCAGUGAACAGCCGCUAUUCGUGCCGGGAGUUUGGGGUCCCUGCCUGUCCGCCAUGGUGCCGGACUUGUGGCUCAACGAGGGGGGACAGAGUGCCACGGGGCGCCUGAUUGAGCACAUGGUGAAGGGGCACGCCGCGUACAUGCUGCUCCAAGAAAAGGCACAGCAGAGCUGUCCCAGCAGCGCGGACGACGACAACGGCGGCAUCUACAGCUACUUGAACAAGCACCUAAGCCGAAUGGCUUCGGCAUGUUCCACCGUCGAUUCCCUGGCUUCCGGUCUUCACGUGUGGCCGGACUUUCACGGGAACCGGUCGCCGCUGGCUGACCCUACCUUGAAGGGCAUGGUGGUGGGGCUGUCUCUUUCUCAUACUCUGGAUGAUUUGGCUUUGCUGUACUUGGCCACCGUACAAGCCCUGGCGCUGGGUACACUUCAUAUUCUGGAGGCGAUGAAAGAAGCAGGGCACUCGAUUGAAACCAUCUUCCUGUGUGGAGGGUUGAGCAAGAACCACUUGUUUGUGCAGACUCAUGCCAAUGCCACAGGCUUACCUGUAGCGUUGCCAGAACAGAGCGAGGCCGUACUGGUGGGAGCGGCCAUUCUUGGAGCGUGUGCGUCCCGGGAACACGGCACUAUACAGGAGGCCAUGGCAAAAAUGGCCAAAGUGGGAAAAGUUGUCCAACCUGACCGCACACUUCAAAGUUUUUACCAAAAAAAGUACAAAGUGUUUCGGCGCCUCGUCGACCACCAGAGGGAGUACCAAGCCCUCAUGAGCACUUUUGGGAUAGAGGAAGGUCAUUAGCAGGAACGCAUGUCAUGUUCCUUUUCAUACGAUUCCAAUUUGGCAAUAAAUAUGGCUGACAGCAGUACCACGUGUAUCAAAAUGUUAUGGAGCAAGUCACGUAAUGUAUAUAAGUAAUGAUAAGGAGUUUUAAAACAAUAUAUAGAUUUGAACCCUUUCAGGGACAGUAAACAGCUAUACAAAAGUUGCUUUUUCCCCAUAUGAAUGGAAGAAGAAAAAAACGGGUGUAUAUAUUUUUAAUUUAAAAGAGAAAAAUAAUAAUAAUAAUACACACUAGGGUUGUUCCGAUCAUGUUUUUUUUUUUGCUCCCGAUCGUUUUAGUAUCUGCCGUUCCCGAUCCGAUUGCUUUUUUUUUUUUUUUGCUACCGAUUCAAUUCCAAUCAUUCACGAUAAUUUUUCCCGAUCAUAUCCAUUUUGGCAAUGCAUUAAGAAAAAAAUGAAUAAAACUCGGACGAAUAUAUACAUUCAACAUACAGUACAUGAGUACUGUAUUUAUUAUGACAAAUUCUCAAGAUGGGAUUUACAUUAUUAACAUUCUUUCUGUGAGAGGGAUCCACGGAUAGAAAGACUUAGAAAGGAUAGAUGUGACUUUGUAUAUUGUGACUAAAUAUUGCCAUCUAGUGUAUUUGUUGAGCUUUCAGUAAAUGAUACUGUAGCCAUUUAACUGUUCUGUCAAAAUGCAUGAUGGGAAGCGCAACAAUGACUGUGCGUAGUGGUACCAAUUGAUAUAUAUUCUCUGCGUUGGGAAAUAACAUAGGGUGUUAAGAAAAAGAUCAAUUGCUCCCUUUCUUCCCCAGAUUGCUUCCCACAAUAUUUCUAAUCGUAGGGAGAGGGAUUGUAAGGCUUUAGCCAAUUAAAAAAAGGCUCCAAAGGCUGACAAAAUUCACUCUACUAAUUUUACGCUGCCUUUUAGCUCUUUAUAUAGGUAAAACAGCGCCAUUAUAGAUUGAACACGACAAUGUGUGAGUGGGUCGUGCAGCGCAUGCGUUAAUUGCGUUAAAUAUUGUAACGUGAUGAAUGUAAAAAAUAUUAAUUCUCGCCGUUAACGCGAUAAAUUUGAUAACCCUACCUUAAGCUUAAACUAAAGACUCUGGAAGAGUGUAACACAUUAUGUCUGUAACGUUAAAUACAAUUAGAAAACGAUUUAAUUAAAGGACGUUAAAUGACGUGAUCGGACCCGAUCGAUCGGGACAUCUCUAAUACAUUAAGUAAGUAACAAAGUAUUACUAAGUAUCAAAUUACUUGAGGUAAUUGUAUUAGUGUUUCAACAAUUAUUCGAUUAACUGGAGUAAAUCGAUUAGAAAAAGCUUUGACUCAAAUUUAGCCGCUUCAAGUAUCUAAUGUGGUGUAGUAAUGGUUCGUUUUGAAAGUGUUGCAUUUAGUUUUAUUGAUUAGGGUGGAUACACUGCCCACUAGUGGCAACAGUGAAUGAUGACGUAACGUGGCUGAAUCCAGCUGCUCCCUGUUAAGACCAACAUAAGGUAUGUUUUUGUUUAAGCUAAUGUUUGUUUAUGCAUUUGUUAUUUGGUUUAGAAUUACAUUUAGUAGUUUUUUUCUGGGAAUGUGUGUGUGAACAAUUUGUUAAGAGCAUUGUUUAAAAAAAAACAUUUAAACUGGCAGAUGUUUCCAAGUUAGCAUAUUCUUUUGUUGUAUUAAGAUCCUCUACUAUUUUUUU